AUGGUUCAUUCUUUGGCAAUUCAGAUGGGUUUUGGAUUGGAUGUGUAUUUUGGCAGUACUAUGAUUGAGGUGUGUGUGAAAUGCGGCAAUCUCCGCAAGUUGUUUGAUGAAAUGCUUAACAGAGAUUUAGUUUCUCGGACUUCGAUGAUUUCCGGGUAUGUUUCUGAAGGAAAUGUUGCUUUUGGGUUUAGUUUGUUCAAUGAAAUGAGGAUGGAAUUGGAACCGAAUUCGGUGAUAAUGUUGGUCAUGUUGCAAGGGUGUUGUGGUUUUGAAACUUCAAUAUAUGGGAGGCAAGUUCAUGGAUAUGUGAUUAAGAAUGGUUUGCUAAGUAAUGGAGCUGUUCAGAACUCAAUCUUGGGAAUGUAUGCUAAAUCAGGGGAUUUUGUAAAAGUGAGAGAUUCGUUCAAUGAGAUGCAGGGUGAAGUAGCACCAAGUAUUGAGACACUAACCGUAGUUAUAACAGCAUUGACCAAACAUGGGAUUCUAUCCCAAGGUGAAAGCUUGCAUGGUUUAGCAAUAAAAAGUGGCCUUCAUGAUGAUGUUUGGCAGACAUCUUUUUUGGACUUUUAUGCCAAAUGUGGAAAAUUGGAAAGCUCGGAUAAAUUAUUUAGAGAACUCCUUGAUAGAAACUGCAUUACUUGCGGUGCAAUGAUGUUUGGACUUGUUCAAAAUGGGUAUUUCAAUGAAGCAGUUGGAGUGUUUAGACAAAUGCAAGCUGCAGGUCUUUAUCCAGGGGCCGAGAUACUAAGAAACCUUAUUGACGUGACCUGUAAUCAUUAA